GGGAUACAACUCCGCCUGACACAAGUAAUAGUUCCUUCCUUGUGAGGGGAAAGUGAAAGUGUUGUUCAAAGAAAUGAUGUUUUACGUGGAAUUUUCCUGCUCAGUGUGGUCUUUGUCUUCGAGAAAUGCUCUACUUUGAGCAACCAUCGAUGGUGUUGAUUUUACUUUUCUAAGAAUAAAGAAAAGGGUGCCCACCAUACAUGAUGGACUGUAAGGAGAAUGUUCCAGAUCGUCUAAUCCUGUUUGACACCUACAAGACACUGUACACCGCAAAUAAAAAGCACAAGAAUACAACUGAUGACAACAGUGAUGUCCUACAGUUUAAAGAGAAUACAAAAGCAUAUCUCAAUACCCACAAAUUUUCAGAGAAGUUCUCUCUUCUAGAUUUUAUGCAUUUGUUUCUUGAAGCAUUGAAAUUAUAUGUGGAACAUACGGAUGGAAAUACCUUUGAAGAUAUAAGCUUGGGGUUUGAGAACUUGGAGAAAUUUGGCAAAAAUCUCAUGAGAACACCAUGGAGGCGUGAGUUUUAUACCAUCAAGCUCUUCACAUGUUUCUUCAAGCACAGUAUCGAGUCUCACGUACCAUUUGGUACUGAUGUCCUUGCCCUCUAUGGGUAUACACCCAAGAGGAAUGAUGUUAUGGUUCUCCAAGAACCGUUGGAUCUCGACCGAAUCGCUUUGGUUUCCUUUGAAUUGUUUCUCGCUUCCAUGGAGAUGAAAUUCAUGUCCUCUAUUGCUCAUGAACUAUGUGACUACUCUGAAAAUACGCUCAUGUGUAUCAUCAAAGCGCGCUGGCGUAAUGUUGGUGGGAAGGAAACAGUGUUGAGUUCUAUCGCAAAGAGGUACUCGCUUUUACCGCCCAAGAGAAUCAAACUCGAUCAUGAUGGUAUGGUGGAUAAAAGCGGUCCUUCAGAGGGCGAGCCACAUAAUCAGUACGAAAAGCCACACAGUACUCUCCAUGAGAAAGAAAGCGAGAUGGUCCGAAAUGCUCGCGAAAUUAGAGAUUCUGUUGGUAAUGAAGGGCUGAAAUCAAGGGAGCUCACAGACAAAUAUUCCACUUCAAAAGAUGGAAGUGGGCGUGACAUAAUUAUCACCGGAAGUCAGAGCUACGAUCAUUCUAAUGUAUACAAGUAUGACAAGUAUCUCAACGGAUCUGAGCGUGGUAGCCUAGAAAGUAAAGGGUCUGAAAGUUAUGAUAAAAGGCUCUACAAAGCAUCUGUUGGCGAGCCGGCAUAUCGCACUACCAGGAGUAACCAGGAGGGUAUUCUGAACCAAAAACAAAGAAUGACGUAUCCUCUAGCAAAUGUCCCCGGUAGGGACAGUUCCCCAAAAAGGUACACUAUGCCUGCAGAUAUGGGACCUACCCGGGGCGCUUUUAAUGAUGACCAUAUUUACCAAACCUUUACUGAGAGUAUUACCGAUGAAGAACUUUACGGAGAAGUAAGUCCAGCAGAUCAUAACACAUUGUUGUCUGAGAAGAUAGCUUCGGCAGGUGGUGUAUCUCGUUUUGUCGGUAGCAGUGAAUGGCGCGGCCAAGGUAGCGAUAUUGAUUACGAGACUCUAUGGGAUGGAGGGCCAGCGCAGAUCUUACCCCCCUCUAAAGGUUUACCGCCACCUGAAUACUCUAACUCACUCGGAAAGGAUUCCAUUCCACCGCAGCAGAAAGUCCACGAUGAUUGGGUCGUUAUUGAGAAUGGUGUUUCUGAUAUGAACCUCGGUGGUCAAUCAAGAGGGGUGCUCUACCCGGGUAAAGCUGUCCCGGCAGUUGUUCAAGACCAGAGCCAAAAUGCAACCGUAAGGCAUUGGUCUGAUCCCUACGUAUUAAAGCCACAACAAGCACAGUCGACCAGGAGCUUUUCAGAAGUUCUCAGAUCCGAUCGUACUGGACAAUUAUCACGUGUCAAGUCUGAUCCGUUAUCACACUCGAGAAAAAUCGCCGACGAGUUCCCUCGUCUUCCUCCCAAAGUGACAUCAGAUACUUAUCCGCCCCUCCAGAGUGUAGUUGUUUCUUCUAAAAACCUCGCAGAUGUCAGCACAGCUGUCCCUCGGUCAUUAAAGGUCCACUCGUCUGGUAAGGAUGGUGUUUGCUUUUUGUGCUCGAAACCCCCUUCUCGCGAAUGUCUGCAUUGUUCAAAGUUGUUUUGCGAAGAGCACGCAAAUAUUUUCAAGGGCCUGUCAUGUCCGGAAGCCAGAACACGUCAUCAAUUUGUGAAGAAGGAUGUUUACAAUAGUGUAACGUAUGAUCAGAGUCGGAAUGUCGCAGUCCUUGAUGAACGCCACGUGCCUCGUGACGCGACUGCCACUCCCUUGGGUACAAGUAGGGAUAUACCCACCGCGGUCUACUCAAAGGAAUCACGAAGUACAAGCAAAGAUAUCACUUUAGCUGUAUACUUGCCUAAUGAAUCAGGAAGCUCUAAUAGGGAUAUACCAACCGCGGUCUACUCAAAGGAAUCGCGAAGUACAAGCAGAGAUAUCCCUUUAGCUGUAUACUUGCCUAAUGAAUCAGGAAGCCCUAAUAGGGAUAUACCAACCGCGGUCUACUCAAAGGAAUCGCGAAGUACAAGCAGAGAUAUCCCUUUAGCUGUAUACUUGCCUAAUGAAUCAGGAAGCCCUAAUAGGGAUAUACCCACCGCGGUCUACUCUAACAGCGAGUCAGGAAUCACCAGCAAGAGUGCCGUCCCUAAACGAAAUCCAACUCGCGAGUUUUCGACAGACCCCAUGUACCACAACCCAAGCACCAAAAGCCCGAACGCGGCGUGUGAAUUUUGCAGCCUGGAAGCCGGCAAGCUUAUGUGUGAUAAGUGCCUAAAGGUUUGUUGCCGUCAAUGUCUGCAGUUCUUUGACAAGGAUCUUUGUGAAAAUGAUAAAGGUGCGCACCAUUUCCUUGAACUGGUGGGAGACAAGCAAGGGCUAGAGCCGUGGUCAUGUGAGCGAUGCACGUUGUGGAACCCUGCCGAUCAUCUGGUGUGCUCCGCCUGCGCGUCAACGCGCGGGGUAAGUAAAGCGGAAUUUCCUGAGCCUGGUACACGCGCCUGCAACCACUGCACGUACGGAAACGAUGCUAGGGCUGCCAUCUGUAAGAUGUGUCACAAGUCAAUGGACCAAACGAAACCCGAGAGUUACCUUUAGUUCGUCUGUAAGGUAACAAGGCAUAGAGCCAUUGUAUUCAAUUUGUUUCAGAAGCCCAAGAUUAUACUGCAUGUACGACAAUAAAGCUGGAGAUCAUCAGCAAGAUUUACACAAAAUUUACAGAAAAGAAAAUUAGAAAACCUUUAAAAGAGAUCAUCAUUAGAGACGCUUAUUACUAUUAUCUUAAUAAGGCGGAUACCCCAAAGCGGGACGCUAUUUAGAAUAUCCAUUUGUAUAUGUACUUUGUUUUGGUUGGAUGAUUGCUUUGAUGGGGUACAACAGUGCGAUAGUAAUAAACGGUCGUACCUAAAGUUAGAACUCCAGUCGUGCGAAAACGACUCAUUAAAUGGACCAUUGAAUGGAAUCAUUGAGUGGAACAGGUUCAGGAGAAUUCCAUAGCCGGAGGGGGGGGUUGACUUUCCAGAAAAGUAGACAGAGGAUUUUUCCGAUCUUGGCAUCUCUUAGGGUAUAAAAUUCGAACAAUUGCUAUUACUAUGCGUUUUUUUUCCCGAUUCUGCUAUCUUUUAGGGUUAAAAAUUUCUUCGACCACACCCAAUUAGAUAUCUUUUAGGAGGUACCCCGGGUUCCAGAGAAGCACUGCCAUCUAUAUUAGAGUGAUUGCGUAAAUUAAAGUUUGUGUUCAUGCUAAGUAACUUUUUCAUUAUUAUUUUCGGAAACUUUAGGCUAUGUUCAAUCGUCGUAUUAACCAUGAGCCGUUUUUAAUGCAAAUGCAUGUAAAUGACGUUUGAACUCAGCCUUAGUGCAUUACAUGCGGGAAAACUGUAAAAUAAAAACUAUGGACAAAAUGACGUUUGAACUUAGCCUUAGUGCAUUAUAUGCGGGAAAACUGAAAAAUAAAGACUAUGGACAAGAUGACGUUUGAACUUAGCCUUAGUGCAUUAUAUGCGGGAAAACUGUAAAAUAAAGACUGGACAAAAUAAUCUUGUUUAGUAUUAAAGAUUUUGCAUUCAUAUUA